UAUCUUUAUUGGUGUAUAUUCUUGGCUUGCAAUGAGUGGAUUUGUGUUAUGAUUCUCUGCCUCUUUUUCAGACCAGCUGGGAGAUAGUAAAUGGACCACUUGAUGAAGGAGGAAACAAACACAUUCUGAUCAAAGCAUCUUGAUCCAUUUUUUCCACAAAAUAUACAUUUAUCUUAGAAAAGAAACAAAAAGUUAGAGAGCUUAUCAUGUGAUUUGCGGUUGAUAGUUGACAAGUGUGGCUAUAAAAGAAAGUAGUUUCCUGAGAAACUUAUAGGUAGAAAGAAAGUAGGAUUUUCCUCCGGAAACAGCUUUCAGUUACAAAAUUAAAGACAAGAGAGAAAGAACAACAAGUGGGUUUGGUUCUUGGUAAGGAAAAAAAUCAAUGGAAGCAAAAGUUAGUAGUAGUAGUAUAAGUAUGAAGUCAUUAGAGAGACUGGUUUCAGAUAAAGCAUCAAAGCUUGGAAACUCAUUUCCAUGUCAAAUCUGUGUGGUUGGUUUUCUCUGUGGAAUCUGUCUCACUUCACUCUUCUUAGCUGCCCUCACUUCCCUUGGCACCUUUGAGCUCACUGCCUUUUCCUUCUCCUCUGUUUUUCCUCCUUGCAACUCCACUUCUCAAGUCACCGACAGGACAGAAAAUGAAAAUGAUGAUGAUCAGGUGAAACUUUUAGUCUCUGCUUGGGACAACUUAUUACUAAACAAUGAAGACUACUUCAAGAAACAAGGGAUGAACAAAUCUGAUCUCCCAAACGCUCCACAUUUGGAGAAUUGUAAGGAGAGGACACGAGUUAGGGAGCGUUUGGAUACACGAAUAGCCAACCAGACAUUUCCAUCUUGGAUCAAUGGAGGAGAUGAAGAGAACUAUCCAUUAACAAGGAGAGUCCAAAGAGAGUUAUGGUAUCAUCAGCAUCCUUUGGACUGUGAAGACAAGAGUCUCAAGUUCCUUGUAGCUGAUUGGGAAACGCUUCCUGGUUUUGGAAUAGGAGCUCAGAUAGCUGGAAUGACUGGUCUUCUCGCAAUAGCUAUAAACGAGAACCGUGUUCUUGUUGCUAAUUACUAUAACCGAGCUGAUCAUGAUGGUUGCAAAGGUGCUUCUCGAGGAAGCUGGUCAUGCUAUUUUCUACCGGAAACAUCUAAAGAAUGUAGAAAACGUGCGUUGGAAGUAAUGAAAAAGAAAGAAGCGUGGGAGAGUGGGAUUAUUACAGUGAAACAAAACUACAGCAGCAAGGAGAUUUGGUCAGGGCGCAUACCAAAGCUAUGGGGUCAGCCUUGGAGUUACAUGAAGCCUACAACAGAAAUCAACGGAACUUUGAUCUCAAGUCACAGGAAAAUGGAUAGGAGAUGGUGGAGAGCACAGGCGGUGAGAUACUUGAUGAGGUUUCAAACUGAAUACACUUGCGGUUUGAUGAACGCUGCUAGAAACUCAGCGUUUGGAAAAGAAGCUGCUGAGAAUGUUCUCUCUACAGGAGACUUGAGAAAGAAGGAGGAGGUUAGGUCAGAGAUUGAAGAAGAGGUGUGGUCUAAUCACAAACCGUGGAUGCCACGGCCAAUGCUGAGUGUGCAUGUGAGAAUGGGAGAUAAAGCUUGUGAGAUGAGAGUGGCUGCUUUAGAAGAGUAUAUGCAUUUAGCUGAUAGGAUCAGAGUUAGGUUUCCGGAGCUUAACAGGAUUUGGCUCUCGACAGAGAUGAAGGAGGUUGUGGAGAGAAGUAAAGAUUAUGGUCACUGGAGAUUCUAUUACACUGAAGUGGCGAGACAGGUUGGUAAUACAUCAAUGGCUGAGUAUGAAGGUAGUCUUGGGAGAGAGAUGAGCACUAACUAUCCUCUUGUUAACUUCUUGAUGGCAUCAGAAGCUGACUUCUUCGUUGGUGCAUUGGGUUCUACUUGGUGUUUCCUCAUUGAUGGUAUGAGGAAUACCGGUGGUAAGGUCAUGUCUGGUUAUCUCAGUGUUAAUAAAGACCGGUUCUGGUAGCUUCAUAGGUUCCAUUAUGUACAUAACUGAUAUACUAGCUUUAAGACUCCUCCAUACCUUUUGUCUCUUCAUAUGUUUGUACAAAGAGUUUUCAGUGUGUAAUAAAGGU